AUGGCUGGUGCCUCAGUUAGUAAAAUCCUUUUGGUGUUCAGACAUAUGGGUCUAUGUGCAUACACAGCACGUUCAUUCUUUCGUCAUCAAAGCAAACUCGUUGUUCCAACAAUUUUACAUUACUGGGAAGCUUAUCAAGCUAAACUUAUCAAGGGACUGAAGGCUACAAAGGAUGUUGUUUGGUGUGGUGAUCGGCGGUUUGACUCCAUGGGUCACUCCGCCAAAUAUGGAGUCUACACAAUGUUAUUACCAACAAUUAUGAAAAUUGUCCAUUUUAAACUUGUUCAGGUAGGCAGAAUUUACAUAAGCUUUUAUGGUUAGAAACUUAGAACACGGUGCACAAAUGUUGACAUUGAUAUGCUUCAUUUCAACAGGCUAAAUCAGCACAGUGUAAUACACAAAACAAUUCCAAUACAACCCACUUAAAAGCUUUUUUAGAUAGUGUAUGA